GCCUGUUUUUUACGUUCUUCUCAGACCACAAGACGACGACGAAGUAAAGGGGCCGCGAAUAAUUGGCCCGACGGCGGAUCGAUAUCGAAAUUCUCCCUCGGCUCCCGGCCGGAGAAGUUUAGGUUGCCGGCGACGGUUUGGAGAAUGGGCUCCACCGAAAACCCUAACUGGUUCUUGGAUUGCUCCUUGAUCGAUGACAUCCCCGAUGCCGGGGCCGAUUUCGGUUGGAACCCUCAGGGCUUCGACCCAGCCUCCAGUGUCAGUGUGGAAAUUGAUAGCUCCUUUGUAAAUUCUGAUGGUCUGAAAGAACCAGGCUCUGCAAAGCGUUCCAGAUCAGAAUCCUGCAGUAAUCCAGCCUCCAAAGCCUGUAGGGAGAAGAUGAGAAGGGAAAGGUUAAAUGAUAGGUUCUUGGAACUGAACUCUCUUCUUGAUCCUGGGAACCCACCAAAGAUGGACAAGGCAGCUAUUUUAAGUGAUGCUGCUCGUUUGGUGACUCAACUGCGCAAUGAAGCACAGAAGCUAAAAGAAUCAAAUGAAAGUCUCCAGGAGAAAAUAAAAGAAUUGAAGGCUGAGAAGAAUGAGCUUCGUGAUGAGAAGCAGAAGCUAAAGGCCGAGAGGGGGAGUCUGGAGCAGCAAGUAAAGCUCUUGAAUGCCAGAUCAAGCUAUGUGCCUCAGCCACCUUUAGUACCAACCCCUUAUGGAGCCCAAGGGCAAGCUGCCGGACACAAGCUCAUGGUCCCGAUCAUCGGCUUCCCUGGGUUCCCGAUGUGGCAAUAUAUGCCGCCUUCUGAUGUCGAUACAUCACAGGAUGCAGAUAAAUGUUCACCUGUUGCUUAAGCAACCGGGAGAUCAAGCUGAGUGGCUUAUUGUAGCUGAUGCUAUAUGAGUUAUAUUUGGUUUCAUGUUGAAUCAUUGAUGUGAAGGCUUAUCUGAUUUGGAGACUUUUUUUUGCCAGAACACAAUUCUAUUUGUCAUUGAUGUGCUACCUAUAUCUUGUCUUGAUUCCCCAUUCUAAUGUGGAAAAAAGAUUGAGAAACUUCCUUGAUGCA